GAAACUAACAUAAUGAGGGGCGCUCCGGUCCGCUUUUAUCGUGCUGUGCGCUGCCUUGGCCUGACAUUUAGUUCCUGACUGAUCCAGAAGGCAGUUGUGUUGUGUUUGAUAGUAGCGACUUCGGCAGCAAUUUCGUUGUUUUUUUAAUUCAUUCUGAUUUUUUCGGAACCGUUUUUCCUUUUUACUAUUUCACAUUUCUAACUACAUACGUAGAAAUUAUCAGUAAUAGUUAGCUGGUUAUAUCUUCUUAUAAAGGACUUUUGACGAAUUUUUAGCGAGUUUCUACACUUUGAAGAAAGUAGAAAACGAUUUCCUUUAAUUCAAACCGCAGUUUUGGUUUGAGAUCUCUUUAAUUUAUUUAGCAUUAGAAAGUUGCCAAGUUGCAAGUUUGGCGAUAAAUGUUUCCAGCCUUUUAAGAAUUAAAACUUCAGUUUGCUGCUUUUAACAAAUUGAGCUCGCUAGCUUAAUCGUAGUAUUUAUAUAACUUAUACAUAACUUUGUGAGAACGUUUUUAAACGUUAACUUUAUAUUUUUGAAAACUAUUUUCAAUCUUCAGUGGACGUGGCAUCCAAUAUCAAAGUGAAGCAACUACAACAGAAAGUUGGAAUUAGUCUUCAGCUAGAAAGCGUAACGAAAAACAUUUAGUUAACGGACCUCUAAAGAUAAAAGUAGAAUUUUCUUUAAAAUAAAUGUCUGCUCAGACAAAUGCAAAGCAACGCAUUGGAAAAACAUCCAUAGUGGUCCAGAUGAAUGGAAUGGAUACAUCUCCUGUAUCUUCGCAGCAGCAGAAUGGGCUGCACAAUUCAGUGCAGACGGGUACAUCGACUGAAGACUCUAAGACGAACUUGAUCGUUAAUUACCUGCCUCAGACAAUGACCCAGGAAGAGAUCAGGUCCUUAUUCUCUUCUAUUGGAGAAGUGGAAUCCUGCAAGCUUAUCAGGGACAAAGUCACAGUUGCGGCAGCCCGCUCCAUUGAAGUGACGCCACUGAACGAUGCUCUCACAUCGCAUACCUGUCAAAGUUUGGGGUAUGGCUUCGUCAAUUAUGUUCGCCCUGAGGAUGCAGAGAAAGCUAUCAAUACAUUGAAUGGACUGAGACUUCAAAAUAAAACCAUUAAAGUCUCGUAUGCACGCCCAAGCAGCGAAGCAAUUAAGGGAGCUAACCUGUAUGUAAGUGGCCUCCCCAAGUCCAUGACGCAACAGGAUUUAGAGGGGCUUUUCACCCCUUUCGGACGCAUCAUCACUUCUCGUAUACUUUGCGACAACAUCACAGGUCUGACACAGCAAAACUCAGGUCUCUCUAAAGGUGUUGGAUUUGUUCGUUUUGAUCAACGCAUUGAAGCAGAGCGUGCCAUCAAGCACCUACACAACACCAUUCCCGAUGGAGCAUCGGAACCAAUCACUGUCAAGUUCGCCAACAAUCCUAGCAACAAUGCAAAGGCCAUCACUCCACUGGCAGCCUAUCUUUCACCACAGAGACGAUUCCCAGGGCCAAUCCACCAUCCAGCGAACCGCUUCAGGUACAUACCUCUGUCGCCAAUCUCCAGCAGGUACUCUCCUUUGGCUGGCGAUCUUUUGGCAAACCCGUUACUUGCUGGAAAUGCCAUGAGUGGCUCUGGAUGGUGUAUCUUUGUCUACAAUUUGGCGCCGGACACUGAAGAGAAUCUUCUGUGGCAGUUAUUUGGUCCUUUUGGAGCUGUUCAAUCCGUUAAGGUGAUCAGAGAUCUUCAAACCAACAAAUGCAAAGGCUUCGGAUUUGUUACCAUGACAAAUUACGACGAAGCUCUUGUUGCUAUUCAAAGCCUCAAUGGAUAUACUCUCGGCAACAGAGUGCUUCAAGUAUCCUUCAAGACCAACAAAUGCAAGACCUAAAGAGAACAUUGUUUUUUCCCAACGCGACAGUGAUUGUUUUCCCCCUUCAUUGGUCUGAUAUCGGAGAUUCCAAAAUUUUCUUUUUUCCCAUUUUUUGCUUCUAAUUGUAAUAUUUAGAGAAUAUUGUACUGAUAUUAGGGACUAAGACUUUUUAUCAGCCCUAAUCGGUAUAUAUAUGCUCCGACAAUGACUUCGCCAGUGUUGGGGAAAAAUAUCUGACCGGACUUAUACUCCGAUAUGAUCGGCAUCACCAAUCGGCAAAGUGACGUUGUGAAGCUUACUGAUAUUUGAAGAGAAUGGAAGUUCGUUCUAGUCAUCGUCUCAUGCAACUUUCUAGUCAUUGACUUGCCAUUGUCUAGUCAUUGACCUAUGGCACUAGUCGUGUCUUUUCUUUAUAAAGGACUGUGAAAUGAUCUAGAAUUUCAGUGAUAUUAAAGAUAUCUAGUCUUGAAACUAUAUGCUAUGUUUGGUGCCUGUUCCAGAUUUUUACCACAGCACCACAACUGUACUUUGCUCAAUUGGUGAUGCCAGGAAACUAGUCAAGUCUCGAUUUAUAUACUUGUUAACUAUUUAAAAUUAUGAUACAAAAUUUAACGUUUGGAUUUACAUUGAAAUAUGUAAUUAUGAAUAAGAAAUAUACCAAAAAGAAACUUGUGAUUUGAAUAUAAGGGUGCGAACAAUAUUUAAAAGGGAACUUUUUAAAGUUAAAAAAUUAGUCGCAGGUAUUAUUCCUUUUGUUAGAUGUGUGAAGGCACUGAUAGAUUGAUUCGAAUUUCUUGCCUCUACUUGAUUAUUACUGUGCUACUUAAUAUGUAUCUACUUUCAACUGUACCUGAAAGCUUGCAGUUCAGUGAAUGUGUUCAAAAAGCAGGUUCUAGUCGGGUCAGUUCAGUUAAGUUAGGUGCCGCACACUUCCUUUUAGGAGCAUUGACAUGUUAUGGCUAAAAACAUACCAUUUUAACUUAAUUUUUUAGUGUGUUAAAUGUCUGUUGAUAUACAUAUAUGUAAAAUAUAUACCGCUAUUUAUAUUGCUAGAUUUGCCAACUAGUAUUUUGCCAAAUCUGUUAGCUUAUUAGAAAUUAUUGUGGAUAUUUGCUUGAGUAGAUUUCAUUGAUAUCUUUUUCUUCGUACCUAAGUGUUUGAUUAUCGUGUUAAUUGUUCUUUUGCAUAAUGUUUUUCAUUAUCCUUUCUUUUGCGUAUUCUAAGUUUAGUCACGCUUUCGUAAGCACGUAUUCUUUUAUUUUUCCUUAUUUGUGACACUUUUCCUUUUUUGUAUGCUUUGUGAAACAUUUUGUUAUAAGCGAAUAAAAUUGUUUUUUUGUA